GAAGUGGCACAACAAAACACUGUAAAGUUGCAGCCCCAGACCCGAGAAGAUGUCUCAUGUCGUGAAGAAAAGAAAAUUGGACAAAACCCGACAGGAUAGACUGUACUUCGACAGCUACACCGAUGUGACCAUCCACGAGGAAAUGAUAGCGGACCACGUCCGGACCAACACGUACCGGAUGGCCAUACUGAGGAACAGUGAGUCCAUACGGGGGAAAGUUGUCCUGGACGUCGGGGCAGGAACCGGCGUGUUAAGCAUUUUCUGUGUUCAAGCCGGCGCUAGGAAAGUCUACGCCGUUGAAGCCUGCUCUAUCGCGGAGCAGGCGGUGAAAAUAGUCCGACAGAACAACAUGGAGGACCGAAUCGAAGUCAUUCGGGGCACAGUGGAGACGGCGGACCUACCGGAGAUGGUGGAGGUGAUUGUGAGCGAGUGGAUGGGUUAUGCCCUCCUGCACGAGUCCAUGCUCAACUCGGUCCUCUACGCUCGCGACAAGUGGCUGAAGCCCGGCGGCAUCAUCCUGCCCAGCAAAGCGGAGCUCUACGUCUCGCCCAUCAGCGACCCGGUGGUGGAGGACCGCUUACAUUUCUGGUACACCGCCAAAGACCAGUACGGCGUCGACAUGUCCUGCAUGUCCGACUUCGCCAGGCGAUGCAUCAUGAACACCGACAUCACCGUGAACUCUGUGACCGUGGAGGACGUGCUCUCCCACCCGGCCCGCUUCGCCGAGCUCGACCUGCACACGGUCACCGUGGAGGUGCUGCGCGCGGUCAAGGGCGAGUUCCGGUGCGAGUCGUUCGGCUCCGCGGCGGUGAACGCCUUCUGCGUCCACUUCACGGUCACGUUCCCGUGCCCGGACAAGCCGCAGGGGCUCGUGCUCUCCACGUCCCCGUUCAAGCCGGAGACUCACUGGAAGCAGGCGGUGCUGUACCUCGACGCCCCGGUGGACGUGGUGCAGGACACGGUGGUCACCGGGGAGAUCAGCAUGUUUCCGUCGGAGGAGAGCGCGAGGCACAUAUGCAUCCACAUGGACUACACGAUAGGAGAGCAGAAGAGACAGUCCAAGACGUUCUCCAUCCCAGACUGGAGCGGUGAAGCCCAGUCCUAGUGUGGCAUCAACAUGUAGGGUCAACAAUCUAAUCACCAGGCGACACAUUCAAAAGGCCUUGUCUUUUUUUUUCUUUUUCUUUCUCUUUGUUUUUCUCUCCUGUCACAAAUAUUUCAAAAUGACUGUUAUGACGUCACAUUAGGUCUCAGGGCCCCUCAGCUGACACCAUCUCCAUACCUACAAGGUUUUCACCUCAUCGCUCCAGGCUAAAGUCUCUAAACGUGUGGUGUGGCACUACAACCGGUGUUGAAACAAAUGUUCACCGUCGGAGGCCUGUCGUGUUUAUGCUUGUUUUUUCACACAAAUAAUUUGACACUUAAUUUAGUACGGAUACAAUCCGUAACACCCUUUUUUUUUUUUUUUUUAACCUCACUCAACCAGACAAAUAUAUAUAUUUUUGUGGUGUCCAACACUGAGUUGGUGUUUCGCAUACAGUUCACAGCUCUCAUGACUCAGUUUGUACCACUGCAUUGCUGUAGAACUGAGCAACGAACCAUUAAUUUCUCUAUUAAUAUGGUUACUAAUACUUCCUACUGUCCUAUUACAGACAGUGAAAAAUGGCAAAUCCCUUUUAGUUUAGGAGCUGGGGCGAGGGAACCCUUUUAUGUUUCUGAAGUCCCUUUAACUAUUGCCAAUUGAUCUGAUUCUCACCAAAUUCACUAAUAAUUUAAGCUCUUAUUUGGAUUUGAACAGUUUUGUCAUUGUCUGGGCGUUUUGUAAGAGCAUUUGAAACAAUAUUUGACCCAUCACAAGGAACUUAAAAGGUCCCCUCCCCGACUGAUGCACAGCCGGAGUGAGGCGGGUUUCCUCUUGAGGUUUGUUGAACAAAUUCAAGGCCGAAGUGCAGACGUCUGAUAUUCUAAAACAUUUGAUCACACAUAUUGUGUGGAAUCUGAUGAAAAUGCUGCGAUCAAACGAGGAUCAGACCGCUAUAGUGACUUGGACUAGAUUGGCUGGUUUUCACAUUUUCUUUUCAAUAAAACUAAAUUGGCUCAUUGUUUUUGGGUUAACAACGGUGGGAUACGCCAGAAACCUCCGACUUCAUCCAAAGUCGUAAUUCUAAUGCGGCGUUCCUCUAAAUAGCAAAGACUGAAAUACACAAAGUACUUCCUUCCUGACCACUGAGGAUCUCUCCGUCUCCACGUGACUGAGUUGUGAAAAUAUAAAGAAGUUUUUAACAUCAGCAACAAUCAGCGAAUUCAUCCUUGAUCGUGGCUGAUUUAAAACAAACUUAAAUAUUUUUAUACUAUUAAAUAAAAGAAAGUACACUGUUUGAUGGCCACGUUUCACUAAUUUGUCACUCGUCACUCAUUGAACACAAACAUGUUGUUCGGGGAAUGAUCAUGAAUUCACUUUUUAUAUUAUUUUAGAGUCCGUAAGUACAAUAAGUACGCUUGGAUUUUGGAGGGUUAUAUUGCAAGGACUUUGAUUAAAGUUUGAAGAGCUGAAGUGUUUGUAAGACAGCUGUUUAUUAUAACUGUUGAUUGUUGCACAAAUGGGAACCGCACUCUAAUAAACUGUUCCAUGUGUCCCCAC